AUGCCCGGGCACGUCUCGGCGAGGGGGCUCCCCGGUGCGCGGCGGCACGACCGCCUCGCAUCACCCCCCGCCGGGGCACCCUCCGGUCUCCGCAUCCUCCGGUCGCCGCACCCCUCGGCCCGGUACCCCCCACCUUCUCCCUCCCCCGCCAGCGCUCGGAGGCGCCCGCCGGAGCCGGCUGCGGCCCACGCGUACCGCUGCCGCCGCCCUCCCGGUUGCGGGACCCGCCGCAGCCCCCGCCGGUCUCCCCGACCCCCGCAACCGCCGCCGCCCGGCGGUGACACCGGCACCGGGCAGGGCCGGGACCACCGCCGCGGGCGGGCAGGUGCGCGGACCCCGCGGCUUACCUGUGUCCCGGUGCUGGCAGGACGGUGCGAACCAAGACCGGCAGUGCGGACCGGGACCGGGACCGGGACCGGCAGCGCAGGCAGGGCGGUGCGGACCGAGACCGGCCGGACUCCGCGGGAACCCGCGUGCAACGGAGCGCAGCGGGCAGCGCCCCGCCGCCACGCCCCGCCACGCGCCGCCCCGCUGCUUCCCAUUGGUGGGCGCUGUCGCCUGGGCGGGGCUAUGCAAAGGAAGCGGCCCUUGCCGGGGCUCCCGGGAGCGGCGCUGAGCUGCGGCGCCGAGCACCGGGACGAGCGGCAGGGCCGGGGGGCGGGGGAACAGGGAACGGUGGGCCGGACGGCAGUGUGCGAGCGGCCAGCGGUGAUGACGGGGCUGCCUCGCAUCGGGACUCUAUGGCUGGCAGGACAGUUGGAGACUGGCCAUGAACAUGUCUUGCCCAUUGACUAUUACUUUCCACCUCAAAAGACUUGCCUGAUUUGUGGAGAUGAAGCAUCUGGGUGCCACUAUGGAGCCCUCACUUGUGGUAGCUGCAAAGUCUUCUUCAAGCGGGCGGCUGAAGGUAAACAGAAAUACCUCUGUGCCAGCCGGAACGACUGCACCAUUGACAAGUUCAGAAGGAAAAACUGCCCGUCCUGCCGCCUGCGGAAGUGCUACGAAGCUGGGAUGACUCUCGGAGCCCGCAAGCUGAAGAAGCUGGGUAACCUGAAGACACAAGAUGACUUGGAGGCAGCCAGCUCAUCCAGCCCCACCGAGGAGCAAGCUCCCAAGAUGGUGAUGACGCGCAUUGAUGGGUAUGAGUGCCAGCCCAUCUUCCUCAACGUCCUGGAGGCCAUCGAGCCUGGUGUGGUGUGUGCCGGCCACGACAACAGCCAGCCGGACUCCUUCUCCAAUCUGCUGACCAGCCUGAAUGAGCUUGGGGAGAGGCAGCUGGUCUACGUGGUCAAAUGGGCAAAGGCCUUGCCAGGAUUUCGCAAUCUGCAUGUGGAUGACCAGAUGUCAAUAAUCCAGUACUCUUGGAUGGGCCUUAUGGUUUUUGCUAUGGGUUGGAGAUCUUUCACCAACGUCAACUCCAGAAUGCUUUACUUCGCUCCAGAUUUGGUCUUCAAUGAGUACCGGAUGCACAAAUCCAGAAUGUACAGCCAAUGUGUCAGGAUGCGGCACCUCUCUCAGGAGUUUGGGUGGCUUCAGAUCACACCCCAGGAGUUUCUCUGUAUGAAGGCUCUACUCUUCUUCAGUAUAAUUCCAGUGGAUGGCCUGAAGAACCAGAAGCUCUUUGAUGAACUUCGAAUGAAUUACAUUAAGGAACUUGACCGCAUCAUCGCUUGCAAGAGGAAGAACCCUACCUCCUGCUCUCGGCGAUUUUACCAGCUCACCAAGGUCCUGGACUCCGUGCAUCCUAUUGCCAAGGAUCUGCAUCAGUUUACAUUUGACCUUUUAAUUAAGGCACAUAUGGUGAGCGUGGACUACCCUGAAAUGAUGGCUGAGAUCAUCUCUGUGCAGGUUCCCAAGAUCCUGUCUGGAAAAGUCAGGCCAAUCUACUUCCAUGCACAGUGAUCUUCUGGAGGGACCUCCCAGCUCUGCCACCCCCAUUUCAGCCAUCUCCUGCCUGUUAUUUCUGCACUACUGCACUGCAGUGCCUUGAGGAAUCCCCUUUACAGAGGCGGUGCGCCAAGAAGAUGGACAGUAACAAACGACUACCUGCUGGGAUUCCUGAGAUUUCUAUUUUUUCUGAGGUACUGAACUACCUGCCAUGG